CGCCAGCGCUCGGCGUUCGGCCAUUUUGUGUGAAUGAGCGCUCUCCGUUUUCACGGGGUAUUUGUGUUGCGGGAUCCGUGGUCAGUGGCGUGCAGUGGCGGAGAUAAAUUCGGAUGAUUUAGCUUCGUGUUAAAAAGAAUACGCUCGGGCGAUCUGAUUACAUGCGCUAGUGAGGAGUGCAACCGAUCGCACGACCGCGUUAACUUCCCGUGCAAAACUGUGGAACAAGUACGAUGGAGGAUAAAGCGUCGCUCAAGGAACUUGACCAGUGGAUAGAACAAUUAAACGACUGCAAACAACUGACAGAAAGCCAAGUGAAAACUCUCUGCGAUAAGGCGAAAGAAAUUUUAGCUAAGGAAUCAAAUGUACAAGAAGUAAAAUGUCCUGUAACAGUAUGUGGAGAUGUACAUGGACAAUUCCACGAUUUGAUGGAAUUGUUCAGAAUAGGUGGUAAAUCCCCUGAUACAAAUUACCUUUUUAUGGGUGACUAUGUUGAUCGUGGUUAUUAUUCAGUCGAGACUGUCACUUUGCUUGUAGCUCUUAAGGUAAGAUAUCGAGAAAGAAUAACCAUUCUGCGAGGAAACCACGAAUCAAGACAAAUUACACAGGUGUAUGGAUUUUAUGAUGAAUGCUUACGUAAAUAUGGAAAUGCCAAUGUGUGGAAAUUCUUUACGGACUUAUUCGAUUAUUUACCAUUAACGGCAUUGGUCGACGGCCAAAUAUUUUGUUUGCAUGGUGGUUUGUCACCGUCGAUUGACACUUUAGAUCACAUACGUGCUCUAGAUCGUCUUCAGGAAGUACCACAUGAAGGUCCUAUGUGUGAUCUGCUUUGGUCAGAUCCAGAUGAUAGAGGAGGAUGGGGUAUUUCACCCCGUGGAGCAGGAUAUACCUUUGGUCAAGAUAUUUCUGAAACGUUUAAUCACUCCAAUGGGCUAACACUCGUUUCACGGGCUCAUCAAUUGGUUAUGGAAGGUUACAAUUGGUGUCAUGAUCGCAAUGUUGUAACUAUAUUCUCAGCACCUAAUUACUGUUAUCGUUGCGGUAAUCAAGCUGCAAUCAUGGAAUUGGAUGAUGCUUUGAAAUAUUCAUUCCUACAAUUUGACCCAGCACCAAGACGUGGAGAACCACAUGUUACCAGGCGAACGCCAGACUACUUCCUCUAAAGAACUAAACUUCAAGGCUAAGUGUCAAGGUAGGAGAAUGGAAAUGCGACUUUAUAGUGACGCCAGACAGCAUAACUUUCAAUAGAACAUCGCUAAAUGAGAGGCUCCGACAUGUUUUCACACAUACCACAUAUAGCCUCAAGUAUUAUAUCGUGGCUCACUUUGUGGUGUCUCAUUGAGAGAUAGAAUAGAUUACACGCACAUUCUGUGCGUGCCUUACAUGAUACAUGUAGACACAACAUUACUUGUACACUGAAAAGGAAAAAAUAAUACAAUAAUGUACACACGUAUCGAUUAAAUUCAUUUGUAGCAUUGAGUUUUACAACUUUUAUUAUAUCCGCUUGUAUUUUUAUUAUAAAAGAAACUGAAUUUAUAAUAAUGCACACGUUUGCGCGCAAUAGAUAGAACAAAAAUAACGAUAAAAUGGUAUUGUUUUGUAAUCUUGAAUGAGAAUAUUAUAAAAUUCGUUGAGAAAAAUUUAUAACUAGGCAACAUUGUGUGUAUUUUAAACGACGGUUCGUUCUAACGAAGUUGAUUGUCAUACAAGAUUUCAAGAAAAUAUACCAAAAUGGUUAUAAUUUAUAUUUAAGAGAGUGUCACGUUAUUAUUGGUGUGAAUGGAGCAUGAGAUGUUCCACUUGAAGAAAAUGCAAGGUGAGUUGAUGCAACAGUAAAUUGGCAUGCAUAAAUUGUGCCAUAUAAGGAUUCAAUAAAUAUAAUUUCCAAGUAUAAAGUUCAUUAAAAAAUUUCAUAUGGUAUUACACAUACGAAUUCAUCAGAAUCAUGAUGAGCAGUCGUUUUGUCAGAAUUAGAGUUGCUUCUACACAGUAUUUAUUAUUUUUAAGCAAAUGUACAUUUUUAUUUAAAUAGUACCUUUUUGAAGUCCUCAAAAGGUGAAUGUAAA